ACCCCUCGACUUGGCCUUGACAUUCACCCACCUCACUCCGGACCGACUCUCAGGCUCGCUACCAGUGAUCCUACGCUCAAAGAGCCCUCCUGCUGUGCAUCGGAGGCCGUAUUAGGCCCCUGCUUUGUCAAGCUCUUGCCUCAGUGAAGUCAAUCACGCUCUCGGCUGUGGUAUGAGCAGAAUUCCGCCUGGCUUGCUCUACCUCACGAUAUAUAACACAAGUCUUCGACCCGCGUCGCUCACUUCACCGGACGAUGAGGAUGCAGAGGAGCAGGCUCAAAUACUCUUCUAUACCGCUCGGGAGCGAGCCGUCUCACGCGACCGAAUGCUCAGACAAGUCGGGCUUGCGAAGGCCCUAGUCAACUUCUCAGACAUGUUCAAUUCAGAACAGGCGUGCGAGAACGUGCACUCGCAGACUCGGCGAAUGAUCACGAUUGAAACCGAGCCUGACUACUGGAUCCACGCAUGCAUAGAACUCGCCAAAACCCCUCGGUCUGCUCCUUCCAAAAGGAAAGGAAAGGCGAAGGAGAAAGCGAAGAGCGGCGAAUCGCCUGCUCAAGAGCAGAUAUACGAAUGCCACGAUUCUUCUGUACAUGACGUAGCACUUCGCUCCCAUAUCAUGCGUGGUUACGAUGAUUUCAAGUUGAUUCAUGGUUCCUUCACCUCCAUCCUAACCAGCCUAGGUCAACAGGCGUUAGAGCUUCAACUCGAACGGUUCUUCACGGUUUGGGCGUGGAGAUGGGAUAUCGAGCAGCAUACUGACUUUUCUGCCGACCUCGGCUCUAGUCUUCACCCGAUGGCACCCUCCCUCGUACCUAUUGUCGAUGACUUUGCGAAGGUUCUGCUGGAUGAAAUGUCUGUGUUCGUACUCGAACCCCCAUACGUUAUACCCCCGACGACCCUAACUUCCCGUCAACUACCCCCCUCACUUCUUCGUCACGUCAUUUCGCGUAUCCCACCAGCUGUCGUCGCACAACCCGUAGCCCCUCCGGAUCCCCCAGUCGAGCAAGCCACAAGAGAUUCGGCAGUUGCGCCUGCGAGCAUCACGUCGCGCGGCCUCGACCCAAGCAUUGUCGCCCAAGUGACUCAGAAAUCGGUCGAAUCAGCUGCCCUGUCCAGCUUUGUGACGAUGUCAAGUGUGACUCGUGCCAUGGAUCCGCGUCAGCUGAAGUGGGGAUGGCCUGGUUACCUCACGUUCGGAAAGGGAACGGCGACGAAGGCGCCCGAUGUACCGCCUUCGCCAGCAGAUCCUCAAACGAGCGAGAGCGCAUCUACAGCGGAGUCUGGUUCUAGCGAGACCUUCGAGAUUGAAGUACGUGAUGGACAUCUGGACGUUCCGGAGCAGCGCAAGUCUAUAGACGUAGAUCGGGAAUCUCUGCAAGAGGCCCUCUACACCCCACAACACCUCUCACCGAAUCUGUCCAUCGCAGGAUUACCGGCGGAAGAAGAGGAGAAACCUGACGAAGAGAGUCCGAAAGCAGAUGAAGUUGAAGCACCAAAUCAAGAGGUUCCCGCCGAUCGCGACGACGCUCAAGCGAUCUCACCAGCAUUUUCAGUCAUGCACAAAUCCCUCGAUGUUGACGUGGCGGAGAAAUCUCCACCGGUAUCUCCUGCACCAACACUACGGCCAAGUACGAUCCAUCUAGCCAAUUCCGCUGACCUUCUCGUUACCCGUAGACGACGUGUCUGGCAAUUCACGAGCGAUGGUCUGACAGUUGUCUUUUUGUCCGAUGUCGAAGGUCAUGAACCAUCGGAGCUCAUACCGCGAAGCAUGAAGAUGGUAGAUUAUCUGCGGGAAGAGUCAAACCGUCAGCAAACCAAAGCGGCCAGUGAGAAGUCGAUGUUGCCGUCAGCGACGAACAUACUGCAGCCGCAAAGCGCUCACGUACUGGCGGUGAACGGAUACACCGUUUCCUCAUCUCGCCCGCUGCCUAAGAAUUCCGAGCAGCUGUAUCAUGCGAAGCAGAUGUUCCAAUCUGAUCACGACGUAUCUGAGGUGUUCUCUCGGGGACAGAAUCCUCAACAUUGGCACGUCGCCAAACGCCGACUAGAGAUCAUUGAUCAGCCCGACCAAGCUCAGGUUUAUAUGGAGAUUGCGCGGAAGGAGAGCAACCUCACGGAUGUCGAUAACGAGGUAGCAGCGGUUGUCCGCAGUUUUGUUGAACAAGACGAUGGCCGAGGUUUGUUAGUCGAGUUAUAGAUUAUUGCAUUUCGCGGUUGCACCACAUUGGACGACGCAUCAUCGGAGACAAUCGACGCUCUUACGUCCGUCCGCAAGGCGGAAUUAAAUUAGUUACAUUUCUCGCGAGAUGUUCCUCUUCAACUUGUACUGACCCGCGUCAGUACUUGUAUCAUUCAAAAUGAUGGUCCCCAACUUGCGUCGUGACUCGUCUUGCGGUUUAGCGCCGGAAGUUCGAUAUGUCAUCACGUGGAUUCAGAAUU